AUGGCGAGGUCUGAUUUCCCAUGUACAAAGCGUACUACUAACUAUGAAAUGAUUCAGAGAAGCGCAGGAAGUGAAGCGGAAGUCAGCGUUUAUGGGUAUCUAGUAGACGUAUGUGAGCAGGUGCCGAAUGUGGGAGUGGCAAUAGCUUUGCUUGGCUGUAUCUCAGUGCUACGUGCACCAUCUGAAGAGCUCAGUAAUAAAAUGGCUAGGUACACCUUGGGCUUCCUGAAAAAAGAAUGGGUUGAUAAGGAGGGGCACCCUCUGAAGGGAGCAACUUUGACGUCAGCUGUUAGAAAGAUUCUCAGUCACUAUCUACGUCUUCGGCCAGUGCAAUACCGUUUAUGUGCCAUUCAAUGGAUUCUCGCGAAAAAGCUUGCUGACUUGAUUCCCCAUGAAGAGAGGCGCAAAAGUAAAGUAUAUGAGCAAGAUUCUGAUGAUCAAGAAAUGAAUGAGAGAUACACGGCCACUUUCGGUACAAUUUAUAAAGUUCUGUUCAUCGCAAUGAAUGACGCAUUAACAGAAACUGAAAUUUCUCCGUCAAGUAGCUGCAUACUGCGGAGAGGGAGUGUACAAGAGUAUCUACACACGUGGUCUAUUGCGGCUGGAUGUGUGGCAUUAUUUGGGCUAAUGCUACGUGUACGCGAGCUAAGGAAUACAUCACUUCUUGUGACGGCAAUCAAAGAGGGACGACGCUUUUUGGCGUUGAUGAGCAAUAAAAAAACGCUGUCUUUCAAAGAGCUCACUUUCCUGAUAAGGGCGAAUCGAUCGAAUAUUCUACUAAAACUUGUGCCGGACUUUCGCGUCACGAAUGAGCAAUGGAUGAGAGCAAUUCAAGCAAAAUUCGUGGGUAUCAAUUGCGAGGAUGCCUUUGAAAUUGGGCUACUCAAACCUCGAGAUAUAAAUGUGAGCUUUUCAAGAUCUCAACAGAUUACAUUUUCGAAUAUACGAAGUUACUUACGGCAAGAAUGUAAUUUUCAGGGAGAAGAAAUUGUGUACUCUGCUGAUGACCGAAGUUCCUCGACUUCUUCCGAUUCGAGCCAAGAACAGGGCGCUGAAGAGGUUUGCCUUACAGUGGUUUUAUUUUUUCUUAAUUCACUGAAUAUCACUGGCCCUUUGUCGUAUGCUCUUUCGAGAAAACUACGGCAAGGUUACAACAAGCGACUUUACAUUUAG